AGCCGAUCGUCGGUGACGUAAUUUGUAUGCGACAGAAAACAAUGAACGCGAUGGCGGUGCCUCAAACGAAGACGGAGAAAGAGAAUGAAGAUUAUUCUCUGUUGCCAUUAGUUCAUGACAUAAUCAAAUGCAUGGACAAAGACAGCCAGGAUGUCCACCAAGAGCUGGCCAAGUUAAAGGCGAAGAUCCAGGAGGCCCGUGAGCAGAUCGCAAACAUGCCCGGCAUCGACACCAGUCCGGCGGAGCAGCAGCAGCAGCUCGCCACGUUGAGGGAACAGGUGCGCACUAAGAACCAGCUGCUGCAGAAAUACAAAAGCCUGUGCAUGUUUGACGUCCCAAAGGCGUCGUGAAACUGGAGGUUUCGUGUUUUUGGACUGCAAGAGACUGGUCCGUUAAGGAUGGGGAAAGGAGGCUAACGCUGCCUUUGCAAUCCUGUCAAUGGGAUGGACCGUCACUGACUGAAAACAAUGAGCGAAAGGAUGAAAGCUCUCGCGGAGUGGACUAAAGUGAAUAACAUGUAUGCGCGAGUGAGCAGCGAGCCAUACCUUCUAAGGCCUCUGGUGGAUACAGUCGUUGUUCCUCAAUCAAUGGCGUGUUCGUCUUGAUUUAUAUUAUUCAGAUUAUUAUUAAGCAAACUGUUAAAUUGUUUUGUAUAAGCAACAGCUCAGCUCCCUGUCUCUUUAUAUUUUGUAAUAAAGUGGGGUACCCUUUAAGUUCUGUUUGACCUACAUUUAUUUUGACCUGCAAUAGCGUGAA